CCUGCAACAAUCAGCUGAUUCGCUUGAGUCACCGCCGUUUACCUGUGGCUUCGUGACUAUUCCUGUGCCCACAGCGGUCAGGGUUUACCGGGGUAUAAUAGCAAUGCCCGAACGCAUAAAGCCCGUACUGCACCAGCUAGGGCCAGUGUUGCCGUUGUGUUCGCUUCCCGAAUGGACCGAACGAUGGAAUCGUUCGGCGUGCUAAGCACGCUGCUGGAAAAGGUGCACCAUGCUCAGCGGCCGGGCAAGGAGGCGGCGCUGCGCAAGUUUUUCCAGGACUUUGAGCGCUACCGGCAAUCGUGCGAAGAAGGGCCCAAUCGUCCCUCGAUCCACGCGUGGCUGCGGCUGCUCCUGCCCGGGCUGGACCGUGAGCGGAAAGCGUACGGGCUGCGGGAGCGCUCGCUGGCCGAAGCGUACGUCCGGCGCGCUCGGGCUCGAUCGGCGCAGCGAGGAUGUGCAGCGGCUGCUCUCGGCUGCCACGACGACCUGGCGACCCGGCUCGGUUCCCUGCUGCAUGGGCCGCUGCCCGGCGGUGGGCGAUCUGACCGUGGCGGACGUGAACGCUCGAACCUGCGGCUCGCGGUGAGCAGCCGGCGGAUACUGCAGCUGUACCAUCCGAGCGCCCCAACGAUUUACGACGGUGCGAGCGACCUGAAGCAGAUGGUGGAGCAGAUCGAGAGCAGACAGGCGGCGGCGAAUGAGCUGGACGAGCCGGACGGAGUGAUCCGGCCGCUGCACUUCGUGCGCCCGAUGCUUGCCAGCUGGCUGGAGCUGCGCCAGGUCGGGGAGCUGCUGCGCCGCGACGCCUACUGGCUCGAGACGAAGAUGGACGGCGAGCGGUUCCAGGUGCACUGGGACGGCGAGACGUUCCGGUACUACUCGCGCAACGGGCACGACUACAGCGAGUCGUUCGGGCGGAGCGCAGACCAGGGGGGCACACUGACGCCCAUGCUGGCCACCCUGCUCGCCCCCUCCGUGGUCGCUCGUGCUGGCGGCGAGAUGAUGGUGUUCGAUCGGCGCACGCUCCGCUACCGGGACAAGUGCGACGGCACGGACGUGAAGGCACUGCGCCCGGGCAACACCCAGCUGCGACCCUGCUUCUGUGCGUACGACGUGCUGCAUCACAAUGGCCGCUCGCUCGCCGGCGUACCGUACGCCGAGCGGGCCCGCCUGCUCGCCGAAUCGGUGCGCGAACAGUUCGGCUUCCUCGAGCGGUGCCGGCGGGGGCGGGUGCGCGACCCACCCCACCUGCUCGAGCUGAUCAACGGCGCGAUCGACGAGCGGCAGGAGGGCGUGGUGCUGAAGCGCGAGGACGCACCGUACCGGCCGAAUCGGCGGGCCGGCACCGGCUGGUACAAGAUCAAGCCGGACUACGUCGACGGGCUAGUGGUGGACUUCGAUCUGCUCGUGCUGGGCGGCUUCUACAACCAGCGCCGCACGUACGUGAACGCGUUCCUGGUGGGGUGGCGGCCCGCACCACCCCCCGCCCCGAUAUACCUCUCGGUGGCGAAGGUUGUCGAUGGGCCUGGGGACGCUCGAGUGCAGCAGCUGACCAAAACGCUGCGGCCUCACUGGCACGGGCCGGCCGACGGUGGCGAUGGUGGUACGGUGGUACAGUGCGGCCAGACCACGCCCGACGUGUGGAGCCCCACCGACUCGAUCACGCUGCAGCUGCGCGGGUCCGAGCUGGUGCUGUGGGAGCGAAGCGAUUCGUACGCCGCCGGGUACACCAUACGCUUCCCGCGCAUCGUCACCGUCCGGCCGGACAAGCUGCCGGACGAGGUGUGCACGCUGGACGAGCUGGAGCAGGUGGCAGGCAGUAACAGAGCGGCCCCGAGUGCAGGCGGCCAACGGGCAACCAAGCUGGCCAAGCGGCACGUCACGCUGGAGGACCUGAGCGCACCGCCGACCGUGGCCAAAGCGAAGGCGCCACGCAAACGGGUGGCGCUGGUCACGCUCGAGCGCAACCCGGAGCAGGAACCGCCCCCGCUGCCGGGCGCCAUGCUGCACGGCAGGGACGUGUGCGUGAUGAGUGUGGGCAGUCAGCCGGGCGCGGCCACCAUCGACGCACUCGAGCGGCUUGUGCGGCGGCACGGUGGCCGGGCCGUCGCCAACCCGACCCCGGCCACGUACGCCAUCGUGGCCGGGCGCGUCACCUUCAAGGUGCGCAAGUACAUGGAGACGGGCCGCUGGGACGUGGUGCGGGACGAAUGGUUGCUGCGAGCCGGCACCGAGGGUAGGCUGGAAGCGUUCCGGCCGGAGGAUAUGCUCAGCGCAACGGAGCCGACGCGCAUGCGGCUGGCGCAACAGUACGACCGGUAUGGGGACUCUUACACGCGUCCCACCACACCGACCUCGUUCGGCGCCCUGCUGCGCCGCAUGGGAGGCGACGCCGUCGAGCCGGGCCGCCUGACCGACCGGGAGGUGGUACGGGGCGAGCGGAUGCUACUGGGCGUGCGGCACGCCACCCGCAUGCGUCUGUUCCGGGGUCUCACCGGACGGCUGUACCGGGCCGCGCAAGCGUGGGAUGGGCAGGUCGCCGAGUUCCGGGCCCAGCGGGACAUGCUGCGCUUCGUGCAGUACGGGGGCCGCUGGUUGCGCGACUCCGAGCCGGGGCGCGCGCGGUACGUGUUUGUUGCGCCCGGCGCUACCGCCACGGUGCAGGAGAUGGAGCUGUGGGCCGACCGGAUGGCGGCCGGUGAGCCGGCAAGCGGGGAUGGCACGACGUUGCUGCAGGUUCGCUGGAUUGGGCGCUCGAUCGAGACGGGCCAGUUGUGCGAUGGGGCGGAUUUUAUCGUUGCUGACUGAAACGGUCCCAAAGCAUCCGGAUAGCACUUGUCUACACAUUAGUGUUGGGUUUCCUUGAAUCUUUCGUUGAGAUUCAUUCAUAUGAAGCUUCAGUGAUUCAAUUAUUCGAUUCUCGAAUCGACUCUUCAAAGAUUCAUCUUCAAGGAUUCAUCUCUAAAAAUUCAUCUACAAGGAUUCAUCUCAAAAGAAUGAAUCUUCAUGGAUUCAUUCCUAAGGAUUCAUAUCUAAAGAUUCAUCUCCAAGGAUUCAUUUCUAAAGAUUCAUCUACAAGGAUUCAUCUCAAAAGAAUGAAUCUUCAUGGAUUCAUUCCUAAGGAUUCAUAUCUAAAGAUUCAUCUCCAAGGAUUCAUUUCUAAAGAUUCAUCUACAAGGAUUCAUCUCAAAAGAAUGAAUCUUCAUGGAUUCAUUCCUAAGGAUUCAUAUCUAAAGAUUCAUCUCCAAGGAUUCAUUUCUAAAGAUUCAUCUUCAAUCACCAAGGAUUCAUGACUUUUCAACGAUUCAUAAAUCCAUUAAAAUUCAUAUAUCUCCAGGGAUUCACGCAUCUUUAACGAUGUAUGAUAUUUAAAAUCAGGCCGGUCUCGUAGUACAGUCGUCAACUCGUGCGACUUAACAACAUGCCCGUCAUGGGUUCAAUCCCCAAAUGGACC